AUAGGACCACAUCUUCCAUGUAGCGCAUAUUUUGUUGUUAACAACAACGCUGCUAAAUGUGAUUUGGUUUACUAUCAAGCUAGCUGGAAUAUAUAAAAUAACAUUUAUGAUGACCAGCAGCAAAACGAAUAUCGGUUUGAUGAUCAUGUACAAGGAUGAGUCGGUGGACGUCCGUUAUGUAGAUGAUUCCCGUUUGCUCUUGUCGCCCUGUGGCUCGGAGUUCAUGUUGGAGAAAGCCCGUACACGAUCUGCACAUCCUCUUCAGUCUAAUGAGAAGGUUCGACAGAGGACCAGGUUCGCCACCAGCAGCUACAAGGACCUGAUGCUUGGUGCUUUGGAGUUCAGGAACGAGUAUGCAACACGACCUUACCUGCCUGAAGAACUCAUCUCGGACGACCACAGAAAGGUCUUCAGCAUUGACCCUGAGGUGGAGUGGCCUACAUGUUAUUCCUGUACUGCUGAGGUGGGAUUGAACCGAGAGAUUGUCAUCAGUUCAGUGGAGCGGAGUGCCAGUCUGCUGCUUUCUUCCUCUGGAGAGGAGUUCUCUGUAAACUUCACCUGCAGACUUAGUCACAACCAACACCACAGGCCUCGGAGCCGAGACCCAAAUAGGUCUGUCACUGAACACAUACAGCAAGACAACCAAACCUGUAGGCCAAAGACUCCAUCUCAACAGAGUGGCGCCUGUGCUGAGCAACAGCAAGGAGAGGUAUACCUGUCCACCAGAGUGGUCCAGCACCACUCUGUCUCCUGUGUUCCUCUGGUGUGGCGCUACCCUCUGUCUCUGGCCCUUCACCUCUGGCGCGCCCAGUCCCAGACCUCUGGAGAGAGGAACAGGGGGGAGACACAAGAAGAGACAGCCAGGGGGAGAGACCAGACUGAGAGAGCAGUGACAAUGACAAGCACAUCUAGAGGAGAGAGGAGGUCUCACCUGCCCCAAGCCCUGCCUCUCAAAUGCCCUUCCCCUCAUCAGCACAGGUGGAAGCCAAUGUAUUCUCUGGUCCAAGAUGAACAGGAGGCAGACCAAGACCUCCCUACAGAGUUGGUUAAAGUGGUGUGGUGCCAAGGGGUGCUAUACAGGAUAGUGGAUGGAGCCAUCCCAGUUGUGGAGGUUUCUCCAGGGGAUGGUUCAGUCAUCAGGUCUAAUGGAGUUCUGGCCAGCUACUUCACCCACCACAGAGCUGGCCCUGGCCCUGGGGAGGUAAAGGAUGUGACGUACCACCUAAGCAGCCUCCCCCCUGACACACCUGGGCAGGUCUACUCUGUGUGCUCUAUGGUGACUCGAGCCAGCAGGAUCCUGAACUGCUACAACCAGGAGACCAGUUCAGAGCCCUUUAUACAGGAAGUACACAUUUCUGAGUCUGGUUACAUUAAUACCACUGAAACAAGACAAAGCAGGCCUAACUGUGUUGCUGAAGAGCUGGAGAAGAUCAAACGCUUCAACUUUCUGUUGGAUAACAGUCAUCUUCUUAAAGCCCAGAGGGGUUCUACAGUGGUGGGCUGUGGUUCUAAAGAGCACGUGGCCCACUGUGAGCCGGUCAACGAGAGCAUCGCGGAGGCCCUCCAGAGAACCUCCAAAACCAUCCAGGAUAUCGACAACCUCCUACUUUCUAGAGACACCGUCAUGCAGGACAGCGGAUAAUACAGUCCUGUGUGAUGUCAGAAAAUACUUAUUGCAAAUGAGGAACAUGUGAAGCAGUCAGAAUUAUUCAUUGGUUUCAAUAUCACUAAGUAACCAUUGUCUAGUGGCAGUUUCAUUGCUUUACUUACAGUUGAAGUACAAACUGCAGGAAAAAGAAAAAUAGUUUUCCAUGAUUGUGAGGCUCAGAUAUAGGUCAUGGUGUCUAACACUGUCCUCCAGCUCAGCAACAGCCUCAACCCAUGUGUUGUUAGACAUAGUGGUUAGACCAGACUCUGAAAGACGAUGGUUGUGGUGUGUUGAAGCAAUUCAACAGUUUGUUGAAAAAUACUUAUUGUCCAUCUUAUUGCGAUUCCAGUACUAUCUUCAUCUGAUAUCAUGAGGCGAAUUGUACAGUGACAAUCACAAGUAAUAAUGAUUUUAAGUCAUAUGUCGUGUCCAUUUCACCUUGUUGUCAGUGCUUUUCGAAGUGUACAGUUUAAUAAGUGCCAUGAUUCCCCAUUUUGAAUCACUCAUCAGUUCAUGGUGGUCUCACUUCAGUAGGACUGGAAAGAAGAACUCUGAAGGAAGUGACUGGAAAUGACUAAUGUUUUGUGUUGUGCUAUACAUGAUGUGUGUCAUUUAUACUCUACAAGGGGUUGAAAGUGUUCCACGGGGAUUCUGGUACAUGUUGACUCCAAUCCACAGUUAAGUUGGCUGGAUGUCCUUUGGGUGGUGGACAUUCUUGAAAACACCAGCAGCGUUGCAGUUCUUGACACAAACGGUGCACCUGGCACCUACUACCAUACCCCAUUCAAAGGGACUUAAAUAUUUUGUCUUGUCCAUUCACCCUCUGAAUGGCACACACACACAGUCCAUGUCUCAAGGAUUAAAAAUCCUUCUUUAACCCUCCCCUUCAUCUACACUGAUUGAAGUGGGUUUAUCAAGUGUCAUCAAUAAGGGACCAUAGCUUUCAUCUGGUUCACCUGGCCAGUCUAUGUCAUGGAAGGAUGUUUUGUAUUCUUAGUGUAUGUUCAUGAAUAAAGCCAAACUGUUCAGAAUGUCUUACAGUAGAAUAGGCUAGUUGUGUUUUUGUACUGCUGAUGAUGUGAGUGUUUAGCGCUGAGGAAAAGGCUAUUGAAUGUCUACCACCAGCAAUGGGAGGGACUGUAGAAACUAGAGAGCUGUGAUGAAAAACGUGUAUUACUGCUUUCUCCUCAGAGAAUCAUGGUGGUCACACUUUCUCAUGUCACUUAAAUUAUUAAGUGACAAAAAUGAUGGCGAGACCACAUCAAUACAAUUAUUUUCCUACAAGCCUAUGGAUUGCUUAUACAUAGAAAAGGAAAAAGUAUUCAUCCCCCUUGGUGUUUUUCCUAUUUUGUUGCAUUACAACCUGUAAUUUAAAUUGAUUUUUAUUUGGACUUUAUGUAAUGGACAUACACAAAAUAGUCCAAAUUGGUGAAGUGAAAUGGAAAAAAUAACUUGUUUCAAAAAAUUCAAAAUGGAAAAGUGGUGUGUGCAAAUGUAUUCAACCCCUUUGCUAUGAAGCCCCUAAAUAAGAUCUGGUACAACCAAUUACCUUCAGAAGUCACAUAAUUAGUUAAAUAAAGUCCACCUGUGUGCAAUCUAAGUGUUACAUGAUCUGUCACAUGAUCUCAGUAUAUUUAUGCCUGUUCUGAUCUGUCACAUGAAGACCAAGGGGCUCGCCAAACAGAUCAGGGACCAAGGUGUGGAGAAGUACAG